AUGCAAGCCCAGUUGUCAAGAAUAGAAACAAGUCAAAAGGUUCUUAUUUCAGAGGUUGAUUCUAUAAAGACAAUUGUUAAUGGAUUAAGUUCUCAUUUUGAUUCAUCCAUUUUAAAGCUGCAUGAACUUAUUCUUUCCCAUAUUUUGGGAAAACAGAAGAAGGCAAUGCAUGAUGAAUCUAAUGUUGUUGAGUUGGAUUCUGAGAAAGUUCGCGAUAAGGAGGACGAGGUUUCCACUGAUUGUGUCAUUGAGGAAAAGUCUGAUGAUGAAGAGGACGAAAAAGAUGAUGAUGAAGAGGAUGAUGACAAGGAUGAGGAGGAGGAGGAGGGUGAGGAUGAGGAUGAGGAUGAGUCUGAUGAAGAAAAUAAUGGUUUUGAUCAUGAUGAAGAUGCAGAUGCAGAUGAUGAUCCUAUUGGAGAAGAGGAAAAUAGUGAAGAUAGAGAAAAAGAAUAA